AAACGCUGAAUGGCUGGAAAAGACUCUGUUCGACGGAAACGAAAGUGCUUACAGAGCAUGUUGUGAAAAUAUAAAAUAACUUAUCGCCGCAUAGGGGCAUAUCUCGGUGGUUUGCUGUACCAUCGGUAUCCCUAAAGCAGAGCAAUGGAUAGCAGGUACAAUCCUUUGACUAGAAACGCUGCCGACGAUUACGGGAUACAGACAAUGGGGGAAAGAACCUCAACUCUAACUUCAUGUCCCUCUCCGAUGGCACUCGCUCCGUCGCCGGUUACGGUAGCCAACCAUCAUUGCAGACACUUCAGUAACUGCCAUCACACACAAGUUCGGAAAAGCACUGAUGGCAGGGAAGAAGAUUUACUUCUUGAGUCAGAGUUCGUGGAAGACUCUAGGAGACCUCUGGGAGAAACAGAAGCCCAUGAUCAGAUCGAAGAAGUCUUAGAAUCUGCACAUUCGUCCGAACAACACACUCGAAAUGCAUCCUUACAGAGCAGACCUACUCCCCAACAGGAGUGUUGUAGCAUACACGCGGAACAAAACGGCGUAUUGGUGUCUUCAACUCGACGCCCAGAGAGUAAGGAUACGCAACGAUUUUGUAGUAGGGGAAAAUCUAAUAUAAUUGUCUAUGUAUCACCAACGAUUUAAUUUUUUUUAUUAAGACCAUUAUUCCAUCGAUUCCCUCGAUUCCAUCGAUUCUGUCUGUAAAUGAAAUUGAAUAUUUCUUUUCGCUAAGUCCAACUAAAUGGCUACAUUUUAAUCUGAAUUGUGCUUAGCCUACGGAAUAUCGCAUCAGAAAUCACACAAGCAGUUGGAGGGGACAUUAUACCCUUCAGGCCGUGUAGUUCCUAGUUCAAAUCCGAAUAGUCUUCAAAGGUUUAUGGAUCGAGAAAACAGAAGAGCAUUCAUGUGGGUGUGUAGAAGGAGUGAAGUAGGUAUAAUGCUAAUCAGUUGGGCAUUGGAGUCCGAACCAAUAGCCAUUAUGUUUUUCUGAGAGACAAUUGGCACUAAAGUCCAAAGUUCGGAUUAUGUUUGGUAGUAGGAGUCAUGUGGGCAGGUCAUACACCUAAUAAACUUAAUUUGUAUUAAUAAACAUGCAAUAGUAUUAAUUUGUAAAGGAAAAUUUAAUUUUGUCAAUUACCAGGAGAUCCAGGAUCAAGCAAUGUGUUCCGAAUACUUUGUAUGAUUUUUCUGUGUAAAAGAGGAAUCAUUGCACGAGAUGAUUUAAUCCACGCUCUCUACAUAAUCCCACUUAAGGACUUCCAGGAGGUAUGCAUAUAUGUAUGUGCUCUUUUAAUUUAUCUACAGUUAAAUUGAGCCAUGUGAACUUUGAAAUUUAAGGCUGUGCAAACAUUUGUCGCAAGGUUCUUUCUUAAGUAGAUUAUUUCGAACUUGUUUCUCCUGGAGAUUAGCUUUUCAAAACAUAUUUUUAUGAUCAAUUGCAGAAGUUCCCAAAAAUCAAGCAAUACGAGGGUGUUGUGUGCCAUGGCACAGAGUUCCCAAUGAUGGAAGAAACAAAAAUGUUACCAGCUCUUUUCCAUCGCAUUAUGAUUGAUGAAAUUUGUCAGGUUAACUUUGAAAUGGUCACCGGUGAAAUGUUCUCAAUUGUCUCCCCACCUACAGUAAGUUACUUUGGAUAAAUGACUUCAGUAAUUAGAUCAGUUAUUUUCUAUUCAUACAAUCUAGCACAUUAAUAUAAUCAAAGUCCUGAGCACUUACCAUCUGGUGAAAACAUGUUGACUAAACCUAGCCCUACUACACUGUAGCGUAAUUUAGUAUUAUCAGCGGAGUUGAUAACGUAAUUUCGCCACCGUAAAGAGUUUCGAAUUUUACGUUUCGAGCGUCAGCUUUUAAACUCUUUACGGUGGCCAAUUUACGUUAUCGAUUCAGUUCAUAAUACUAAAUUACCCUGGUAUACCCUCCCACUGUCGCAGCACCACUGUUACUUUAGAAACUUACCUCCUCUACUGUACUGUAAUUUGUCUUUUAAGUUUAUAUUUCUUCCUUGAGUAUUUCAUGUCUUUCUUUUGCUGUCAGUAAUAUUUACCUAUUAGUAAGUUUUUGAAAAAGAGAUGUAGAGUUUUGACACUCUGACAAAGUUGUAGUUUUAUAUAUUCUUGUCAAGCACUUCUCUGACUCAGUCACAUUCGUAAACAUUGUGUCCUGCAGAUAGUUGCAAAUGUCUCUGAAAUCCUUUCAAGGAGUAAAGAUCGGGUUGGGUGUGGAUUUUCAGCAACAGUCCUAACAAGAUGCACAGGUGAAAAGGACAAGCUCUUUGAGGACAACAUCCGCAUAAACAUCCAAUCUGGUGACACAAAUUUACAUUUUACUGUGCCCAUAGCGGUAAGCUAUUGUUAUAAAUGUGCAUUGUCUUAAAAAAUUCCUCGUGUGGUAUAAAAUUUUUCAUGGACAUCCAUUUGUGUGUUUCCCGAGGAAGGACAUAUUACCGCUCACAGACAAUCAUGUGUGAGUUAGUUGCAGAGAGUCAUGAUUGUUUCCUACUUAGACGGUUUCAAACUGAGAGGUCGAUUAGUAACAAUAUCAUUACAAUGAUAUUAUAAUCAUACUUAUCAUAUAAGUACUGUAAUGUAAGCAUUAUUGUUAUCAGCAUCUUUUUCGAAAUUUUCAUGCAACAAGUCAUGCCAGGUAUUGGGUACCUGUCCUGCAAAUUUACUAUUUGUAGUCUUACGGAGUUUUUUUUUCUUUCGUUUCCUUGAAGAUACCUUUUUAGUUUUAUACACCCACAUAUCAUGGUUUUAGAUUCAAUUUCGUUUAUUUUAUUUUUUAAAACCAAAAAGUUCUAACAAGUAAAGUCUCAUGUGUCUCAAGAUGUCUUCUAUUGAUAACUUAGCAAAGACUGAAAUAAUAGUUAUUACAUUUUUUGCAUCAUUAUUUGGUUCAAUAAAUUAAACUCUACUCGUCUUAAAGUAAUUUCCAAAAUGUUAUAAUGCUCAAAGUCUUCAUAAAAAAUAUUACAUAUUUUACCAAAUUCUAUCUUGUUUUGAUUUAGUACUACGAAGCAAAUAUAUCACCCUGGCUGUACAAUCCACAAGCAGGUAAUUAGAGAUUACAUGUAGAUUGUGAAGCAAGCUUGACUGAAGCAUUCCAUUUAAAAUUUUGGAAAAAUCUUGAAGUAGAAUUUGUGUUACUAGACAUCUCAGGACAAGAUGAUUUGCUUUGUGUUUGAACACAAUAGCCAUCAUGUGAGAAACUACCAUGAAAUCCCCAUGCCACCCAGGACCCUAGACAUAAUCCUUACAGCAAUGAAAAUAUGUAUCAGUCUAUGACACUUUGAUAAUCUCUAUUUCCUUUACAGUUCUCAAACAAAUGUGGGUUACUUAAGCAGUAACUAUUGUUAAUUAUUAGUGAAUAAGUUAUACUGUAAGGUAGUGAGGAAAAAUAUGUAGUUUAUUAGGUAAGCAUAAAGAUACGUACCUUAAUUUACGUCAGUAUGUGUCAUUCACAGUAAAUAAAGACACUAGUAUCGCGAUUGCAAGUAGGUCGGGGUGUCUUUAUUGAUAGGUAAUUUAUAAACUUUUUCUUAAGACUAUUCUAAUUGCCUAACUUUUAUAUUUCCAGUCACUGUCAUGCCCGAAGAAGACAGGAGAGUGCUGCGUUCUUGCCAUGUUUCUCUUCUUGAGAAUAUUGGUGACCCAAUUAGUGUGUGUGAUCACCUAUACCAACACAAAAUCUUCGAUGAAGAGGACAUGCAAGAGGUAGAGAGUAUGAAAGUGAAAAGGUACCGCAACGCCUUUUUGUUACGGACAAUCCAGACGAGGGGCAACAUCCUUGACCUUAUCAUUGACAUAAUGAGAAGCCAGCGAAAAAACCAAGAGGCGGCCGCCAUUUUACUGAACAAAAGGCACCUUGCAGCUGGUCACAACAAUGAUGACAAAUGAAGGUCGACUCUACCGGCUUAUAACUAAUUUUACUUUUAAUUAGAUUAGCUCUGCCCUGUAAAUAAUAUUUACCGAGCUUUAAGUUAAAAAAUAUAUUAUUUGUGCGAAAAAAUCAGUAAACAAAAUUUGUUCGAGGGAGAAUAAGGUAGUCCGCUUUUACUGGCUCGGUUGUUCCAGCUGCUUAGGAAUGCAGUUCUGUGGAUAAUCUUUUAUUUUCAAUUCUUUGAGUUUGUAUUUGUUUACAGUAUAUCUAGCUAAUUGGUGCACAAGAAUCCGAUUUCAGAGACAUACAGGACCGAUGGGUACUGUUCGUUCUUAUUAUUCUAGUUACAAUAUAAAAAUGGAGAUUAUAAUGUGUCAUACUGGUGUUGUAUGAAGAUUGGUAAAUUUGGAACCUUAGGCAAUGUGCCCCAAGAUAUGAUUAUUUUUAAUUCUCUCGUCUAGCUACCAUACAUUUCCUUGUAAGCCAGUUACGAGAAUUUGUGGCUAGAUCAAGAUAACUUCUUCCUGAGAAGUUUUGACUAUUACCAUAACCUGUUUUCUGGAUAAUGACGUAUGGAUAUCAUGGGGAGAAGUUACAGGUUAAUCACCUGCCUUUGGCAUUAGAAGGUUUAUGGCAGGUAUAUAUGGAUAAGGUUCUCAUAUGUUAUGUGAUGUUUUGACAUCAAAGCAAUUUUAUAUUUCAUAGCGAGACAUAACUCUCAGUCUGUAAAUGCUUAGAUAGAGUUCUUUGAGGGAGACUGUAGCCUCGGGUAACAGAUAGUGGUCGAAGUUCAAACAUACAUGUCUAUUUCGUGUCCUCAUGGAGCCUGUUGUAUAUAUUUUCACAAAAUUCUAAACGUGACGUCAAGUAUGUUCGACAUCCUCGUUUUGAUCUAAAUUCAAGCUGGAAAAGUGUUCUUCUGUUGUUAUAGAGUUACUGUCUGUUUUUUAGCAACUGUCUCCGCUAGCAAAUAUCCAAACAUCCAAAAUAAAGAUUAUUCGUUAUUAACAGUUGCAAUGAUAAACGAGCGCCCUUAUCCACUUGCCGAUUAGGCGUGCAGGCAUGCAAGGUUACGUGGACCAGCGUAAGUUGUAUAAAGUUAUUUUGAUGCAUUUGACAGUCACAUGCCAAAGAAUUAAAUAUCGCACAUUUUGAGAAAUGCUUUUUCUUAUCUAAAGCUGUUAGAUUGUAAUGAAUUCAUUAGCUGAAGCUGAAUAAAAUACAGUUUGGUUUUGAUAGCUAAUUAUCUGAAUCGUAAAUUCAUUUCAGUAUUAACAUGAUUUUUUUGUUGCUAUUAAAUGCUUUGGUGAGUAAAAGUGUUGGUAAUUCCCUGAUAAUUAUGAAUUUUUACUUGUAUCAAGCGC